UCUGCUAUUUUGAAGACAUUGAUUGGUUAAUUCACUCUCUAUCAAGUUAUGAUUGCAUAGUGCCCAAUAUGUGGAGUAGAGCAUACCAGUGCUGGGGAAAAGAGAACAGAGAAGCACCCCUGAGAACCGCAUGCCCACCUGGGGUUCCAAAUGGUAUUGUGAGCAACUUUGAGAUUAAAGCAUUUGAUGGGUGUGCAAAUCCACACUUGAGGCUGGCUGUUAUAAUUGUUGCUGGGAUUGAUGGCCUUUAUAGACAUCUGAGUUUGCCCGAACCCAUUGGAUUUUCAUCAUUUCUCUAUGACUAUAGACGGUGAUAAGCUUUUGUGGUCGUGGAACAACUAAUUGUUUAGGGCAUGUUGCUCUUGUAACUGAACUAGUGAAGAGGUGGUGCGAGAGAAAGACAAAGUUGAAGUCGUCAUAGAGUUCUAACUCAUACAAUGUUGAACUAAUUUGAUCUUGUUUU